CCACCCUGCAGGACAGAGAACAGAGUCAGAGCCGGGCAGCAGCAGAAACAUCACCUCAGUCUGCUGGUUCAGAGCAGCACAGACACCAGAGCAGGUCCAGGACUCCUCAGAGUGGAGCUCUGCUGCUGGUUUCCUCCCACUGACAGGAUCUCAGAGCUGCUUCUCUUCAGUCUGCUGCCAACAACAGCUCAAGGAUGGGAGUUGAUCUGACAGCUGGCUGACGAACCGACUCCACGCUGGGAUCUGGACUCCUUGUUUUCCAGCUGCUGCUCCGGCGGAGGCGCUCUGGUCCAGGAGGACUGGACCACGGUUCACAGAUCUGACGGGCGAUGGUAGAUGUUUGAACCCACAGUGAACCAGGAUGGAGCCUGUUAAAAGAGACAUGGAGCUGCUCAGUAACAGCAUGGCGACCUACGCUCACAUCAAAGCAAACCCGGAGAGCUUCGCGCUCUACUUCAUGAUGGGCGUCUGCUUCGGCCUCUUCAUGGCGCUCUGCCUCCUGGUGGCCGGAAUCGCCUGCAGGACUCGCCGACACAUCAGACCUCCUCCUUCCCCCGAGAGGAGGCAGCUGAAGGAGUCCAGCGAGGAAGAGGAGGAGGAGGAGGAGGAUGAGGAGAGUGUUGCAGAGGAGGACGGGGUGGAGGUGGAGGUCCACAAAGCCACCGUCGGGCCUCUGAGCAGCAGCCAAUCGAACGGCACUCUGAGGAGCGUGAACGUGUUUGCGUCGGCCGAGGAGCUGGAGAAGGCGAGGCGUCUGGAGGAGAGGGAGCGAAUCGUCCGGGAGAUCUGGAGGAACGGGCAGCCGGACAUCCUGGUGACCGGAACCGGAACCAUCGGACGGGUUCAUUACCACUAACAGACACUGGGACUGGACCGGAACUGACUGUGAAGGGCAAAGUCGUGCACAUCGCAAAGAAACGUGCUGCACCUUUAAAGUACGGAGGCACCAAGACGCCACGACCAAAAUAAGACUGAAUGAAAAUACAUUGUGGGGAAAAAAAGCUUUCUUUGAGCCUUUUAUUUUGAAAAACUGCAGCAAACCUCCCGACAAUGUGUCAGAAUAAUAAAACUGUGUAUUCAGGUUAAACCUUUAUAUCAUAAUGAAACGUUUCUGUGUAAAAAUAGGGUUGAAAUAAAAUGAAAUACAUUUAAAUCUGUUCUGUCCUCCGUCACAUGCAAAUAAUUUCUGUACGCUCCCUAAAUAAAUAAAAAUAUUAUGAAAUAA